UUGUUCAAGAAAAUCAAGAUGGCAUCCGAAACUAUAGCGAGAAUGCUGUGUCAAAUGAACGUGCGAUGUAAAUAGUGAAAAUUAAAGUGCGUGUGAGUUUAUUUGGAACGACAAUAUAGUAUUGUGACGUAACGUGCACAAACAUUGAAAAAUCGGUACAAUUUUAAUCAACGUUUGGCGAAGACGCCCGACGUGACGCCCACGGUAUUCACCAAGGCGUCAUCGUCAGCGAACUCAGCAUUAAAAAAAACUCCUGGUGAUGCAGAGAAAGUUAACAACGAAUUUCACGUUGUCAACUCGAAUUUACAUAUUCUUCCUCUAAAAAUUCGCGGCAUGUCGCAUCACAGCAACACCAAAGACACAAACAAAGCUACCAGUCUUCCUCGUGAGCCUGAGGAAGAAAGUAAACAUCUAGAAACUGUGUCAGCUAGUUAUCCAUCACUGGAACAUUCUACAUUUUCUCAUCAUGCUCGAGAAGAGGAAAAUUCAGAAACAGUAUGUCAGGAGGAAGAUGAAAAAGUAUUCUCUGUCCAUACUGACAUUACCAACACCAGUGAUAUUAUCUGUGAAAAUAAAAAACAAGUGUUUCCGGUGAUAAUAGAGGAAUGUGGGAAUAUUUCUAGUAAAAACUCACAACUUGCCGAAAGUCCACAAAGUAGUGGCGCAGUUUUAAAUAGUCCUCCAAGUCCUGAUUUUCCACCUCGUGUUACAAAUGAUCAUGGCCUGGUUCCAAUAAGUUCAUCAACAGCUGUACCAUCGACAAAAAUUACAAUGGAUACAGCAAAAUUAUCAUUACCCGAUGUAAAAAAUGAAAAUUGUCCAACAAUGGAGAAAAUGACAAAAAUCCUCGAUUUGGAAGAUAAUAAAAUGAAUCCAGUGAAAUUGGAAAAUGAGAAUAUCAUCGUUGAAUCGAAUAUAAUUAAAAAUGAAACAGAAAUAAAAAUUGAAUCGAACGAAUGUAAAUUAAAUCAUGUUAUAACGUUACAAAAAACAGAAUCAAAACAUAAACACGAGUCUUCCGGUGAUCAAAGUGGACAAAAUAAAUCACAUUCAUCAUCGUCGUCAUCGUCUUCCUCGAAGGACAAACGAAAAGAACACAGUAGACAUCAUUGUACACGUUGUUAUAGACGUAGUAAAAUAAAACGAGCAAAUAUUGGAAUUCAAUGUAAACGUGAUAGAAAUUCAUUUUCUCAACAUCAUAAAAUACUUUCGCCAAAUCCACAAAAGGGCAAUCAUGAUAAUUUAAGGUUAAAUUUACAAACAAAAAUGUGUGAAACACUUGAUAAAGGAAAAAUUAAACACGAAUCACUACAAGGACUCAAAUAUAAGGAUUUUAUUCAUAUAGAAACUUAUCCGAAUGGUGGUGCUACUGUUGUACACAUGUAUCAAGAUGAAAUUGAUAUUUUGUCUAAUGACGAAGUCGAAGAAUUGGCACAGGAAUAUUUUAAGGUUGUUUUUGGCGAAGAUGAGAAUGGAAAUGCUCAUCAUGUUAUGGGAAUAGUUCAUAAUGCCGCUGCUUAUUUGCCGGAUCUUCUUGAUCAUAUGGCAAUGCAUUAUCCAACUUUGACUGUUAAAAAUGGUGUUUUGGGAAGAAACAGUGAUAUUGAAACAACAACAAUGUUACAGUAUAAAGAUCAAAUUUGCAAAUCCUAUAGUAAUGGUACUAUACGAUAUGGACCAUUGCAUCAAAUUAGUCUCGUUGGAACUGUUCAUGAAGAAGUUGGUGGCUAUUUUCCUGAUGUUUUGAAAAAAUUAGAGGAGAAUGUCUUUUUAAGAUUGACAAUGCCAUGGGGUCCAUUAUCAGCGGUGACGAUGGAAAGUCCACAAGAAUCAAAUGACGGUCCAAUACUUUGGAUACGACCUGGUGAACAACUUGUACCAACUGCUGAUAUAAAUAAAAGUCCCUGUAAACGACGUAGAACGGGAAUAAAUGAACUUCGUAAUUUACAAUAUUUGCCACGAUUAAGUGAAGCCCGGGAAUAUAUGUUUGAGGAUCGAACACGUGCACAUGCUGAUCAUGUAGGACAUGGUUUGGAUAGAAUGACAACAGCUGCUGUUGGUGUUUUAAAAGCAGUUCACGGUGGUUAUCCAGCUGAAUAUAAUCGAAUAACAAAAGAUGUUGUUGCAUUUUAUGCUGGCGAUUUUCAAGAGCUUGUGGAAAAAUUACAAUUGGAUUUACAUGAACCGCCAAUAUCGCAAUGUGUACAAUGGAUUGAGGACGCAAAAUUAAAUCAAUUACGACGACAGGGAAUUCGUUAUGCGAGAAUUAAUCUCUAUGAUAAUGAUAUUUAUUUUUUGCCACGGAAUAUUAUUCAUCAAUUUCGUACUGUUUCGGCAGUGUCGAGUAUCGCGUGGCACGUGAGAUUAAAACAGUAUUAUCCCGAGACGGCGUUUCCAUCGGGUAUUAAACAUACGCGAACACUUAGUGAAACGGCACAUAUACAUUAUAAGGAGAAGAAACAUCAUGAAAUUGAAGUGAACGAAGAGCAAAAGGAAAAUGCUGAUCGUCAACGAUUGUUGGCGGCCGAUCGUCGUGAUUCAUUGGAGGAGAAAAAGGCAAAGGAACGUGCCGCUGAAUAUCAGGGAAAUUUGAAAAAAUCCGAUCAUCAACAUGGUAAACGUAAAGAUCGGGAUCGCGCGAGACAUUCUUGUUCGUCAAAGGAGAUUAAUGAAAUAUCUCAUUCAACAUUGGAGUCGGAGAAACAUGUACUUGAACGUAAAACAAGCUCAGAGAAAAAUGAUACGCGAAGAGAGAGAAAAUCAGAUGAUAGACAUCGAAAAAGUAGCAGUAGUAGUAAAUCAUCAAGUAGUCAUCAUCGUUCCGAUGAUAGGAAAAAGCAUGAUGAUUCACGUAAAUCAGAGCAUCGUCAUUCAAAAUCAUCGAGUAGUAAUUCGAAAAAAGUUGAACACUCAACGUUUGAUUCGAAUAUUUCGAAAAAUGAUUCAACAAUAUCAAAAACGGAAAAUAUAUUGAGGGUAGAUUUGCCAGCAGUUCCUCAACAUGUGGAAAUUUCCAUUGAUGGUGAAAUGAUAUCAGCAAGGCAAGCUGCUGGCAAAACAUAUGCAACUGAAGUUGUCGAUAAAGCUCUCGAAGUUGCAAUUUACAAAUCAAAAACCGAUGUUGAUGAAGUUUGUCAAUCAUUACGAAGUGGAGUCGCUAUCGCUUCAAAAGAGAUGCUCGAGAGAAUUAGAAAGGAAAGUUUCGAAAUUGCCGAACGUUUAUUUGGCGAGGAUAAAGUCAAGGUUGAAAAAUCUUAUCGAUUAUUGGAAAUUGAAACAGUGUCGUCAUUCACGGCAAAAAUGGAGUGCGCAACUGAGAAUGCAGUGAAGGCACUCAUUGAAAUGGCCGAGGAAGAAAUGAAGGAAGCUGGUAAAAAUGAAAAACCCGAGGAAACACAAACUGAGGAUGUAAGUGAAAAACAAAAGAAUUUUAGUACAUCACUCUCGUCAUCAUUGUGUAAUUCAUCAGCUUCAAUUUCAUCAUCAUCGAAUGAAAGUGAAAGGCGCGUUAGUGUUGAUGACAAUAAAUCAUCAACAUCAUCGUCAUCAUCAUCGAGACCAACAAUUAGUGAGCACAAUAAUGAAAAUAAUGAACGUAAACACAGUAAAAAGGACAAUAAUAAAGAUGAUAGGGAUCGUAAGCAUAAAGAAAAAAGGGAUCACGAGAGACGACGCGAAAAGGAUAGAGAGAGGAGUAAACAUCACAGUAGACGACAUGAGAAAUCUGAUAAAACAGAAACAACAAAAGAUAAAGAUGAAUCGAAAUCGAAACACGAUGAAAAAAGAAAGGAUGAAAAACGAAUGGAUAAACAUAAUAAUAAAGAUUCAGGACAUAGUCAAUCGAAAGAUAAAAGUUCGAGGAAACAUGAUUCGUCAAGAUCAUCUCACAGUAGUAAUUCGGGACACAAGAGGAAAACAAGUUCAAGUUCAAGUCAAUCGGAUCAACCACCGGAAAUAAAGAGGCUUUGUACAGAUGAGAAAAUUCCCGAGGUACAAACAACUAACGAGCAGUCUGAUCAGGUGACGAGCACGUGAAUCGACGUAAGCAGUUUAAGUAAUUUAGCAGAAUUUUUACAAAUCGGUCGAUUGAACGUUCAGGAAAUACAUAAUCAUUGCAGCUAAUGUCUAAGAAGGAGUGCAUGAAAAUUUCCCAAACAAACUUUAAUAUUUAAAUCACAGAAAUUAAUCAAAUUUGAUUAUAUCGAAUUUUUAUUCUCAAAAAUAUCAUUUGGGAGAUUUUCAUGUGCCCCAACUAAAAAAAAAAAAGAAUAUAAAAUAUUUUUCAAAUAGCAGUGGAAUAUUUUAUUUUAAUUCAUUUAGCUUUUAGAGUACUUAUUUUCUUAAAUUAUUUUUUUAUCAGUUUCACUGUUAUUGGAAAAUAUUUUUAAAAAAAAUUGUACAAUGAAAAAUUCAAGUUACUUUUUAUUCUCGAGUUGAUUCGUAUUGUUAAUUUUUUUUAAAUCUAUUUUUGAUAAAAAAAAAACAAAAAAUCUUGGAUAUUUUGAAAGCUGCUUUGAUUUUGUAUUUCGGUUUAGCUCAUAUCUACAGCGUGGACCAAAAAAAAUCACUAAAUCAUCUUAACUGACUUAUCGUGAAUGGGAUAUGAAAUUAAGUUGAAACUUACAUCGAAAGCGGAUGAUGAAAAUUGCUAUUAUUUAAAUACAUUAACAUGAACGUUUAUUUGAAAAAAACGUACUAAAAAUACAGAAAAGAGAUUAAAUAGUUUUCAUGUUGGAACCAGUAAUUUUUUUUUUUUUAAAUUGUUGACUCUCAAAAAUGUUAAUAUUUUUCAAAUUCAAAAUUAUUUUUAGUUAAUUUCAAAAUAAGAUUUUAAAAAAAUAGAUAAUUUCUUUAUCAAAUGUUAUUACUUUAUUUUAAUCGUAUUUAAUUUAAGAAAGCAUAAAAAAAACUAGAAAAAAGUUUUGUUCUAGUUCCUUUGUUUAUUCGUUUUUUUUUUUUUUCAUUAAAAAUGUUCUCUUUUAACAGAAUUUGAAAUACUUUUUAAUAAUAAGGAUUUUAAAUAUUUUUUUUUUAAAUAUACCACUUUUAAAAGUUGUAAAAAAAUUAGUUUUAAUUCUUUUGUUUUUUAUUUUUCUAUUUUUUAAAGGAAAAAAAUAAAAAUGGAAAUUGUUUUGGUUCCAAAAUGAAAUCCUAUAAAUUAAUAAUCGCUUCCACGGAAACUUAGUGAGUUUAUUAAUUUUAUUGUUACUUAUAUACAUUCGUUUAGAAUGGAAAUGUAACAAGUGAACUGAUUUUUCGUUUUAAAAUUCGCAAUCAGCGAAAUUAAAUUUUUAUUUUAAGUACUAAAAAAUUUUUUUUUAACAAAAAAAAAAAAACAAAAAGAGCUUUAUUAAAUCCGAUGACAGUGAAUUUAUUUAUAAGAUAAUUUGCAAACAAUUUUUAUUCACAAGUUAUGCGCUUUGUGAAUUAAUUACACGUUAUUGAUGAGGAUGUACAAAAAAAAAAAAUUAAGAGUUUGAGAUUUCAGCAAUAUCGAUGACUCGAUAUUAUUGUAUAUAAAAAAAGUUUUUUAAAGUCUGCUGAGUUAAAAAAAUAAUGUAUCCUGGCGGACUGAUAUAUUUUACUUAAGUUAUUUAAUUGUGUAGCUUUGUAAUAAGUUAUUUAUACUCAGUGCAGUUUCUUAAAAAAAAAAUUUUUUUUUUUUAAUCAAUGUACUUCAAUGUAAAAUACCGCUUAAUUACACAUCGCUGAAUGAAAUUAAAUUUUGAAUUAAACAAAUUAGUUUUGAGAUAUAAAACUGAAUUGUAUUUUCAAAUUCAUUUAAAAAAAAAAUCUGCCUAAAUAGUCGCCGAAAAAAAUAGUUAAUUUGAAAUUUUUAAAAAUGAUUUCAGCGAAGUGUUAUAUUUUUUCUCUUUUACAAAACAAUUUACUUAGAUUUGAAAUCGCGUUGAGGCAAUGCACUGUGACAAUUCUGAGAUAAAACUACAUUUAAACCCAUGACACGACAUUUAUAAUAUUGCUACAUAAGAUAAUUUACAUUUAUAUAUUACAUAUAUUUUUCACAAUAGUAUUAUUUAAUUUUGUCAAUGCACGGUGAUGAGCACAUUUGCACUUUUUGUUUUAUCCAUUAAUUGAAAAUCGAUCUCGAAUUAAUUCUUUCAGCAUAAAUUAUUUUCCAUUUAAAAAAAAAAAUUUUUAAAUAUAAUUACAAAUUUUUAUUUAAUGAGAAUUUUUAAUUUUAAUUCAGGUGCUGAUAAACUUUUUUUUAAAAAAAGAAUUUGUUAAGUAAUUAUUGCAAGACAAGAAUAUAUUUGAGAUCGAUUUAUUACAGAUUAAAUAGUUUGUUUUAUUCGUCCCUCAUUUAUAAAAUGAGAUUAGAAGGUGUUGGUGCGUUUUCAAGUUAAUCUUAAAAAAAAAAAAAAAAAAUGCGUGUCUCGGUUUAAAAUCUUUACAGUACACAAAAAUAAUUGAGUCUCAUUAUAUAAAAGCUACCCUCGACGCAGUAUUUUCCCGUUAGUUUGACUAACAUAAAAAAAAUAUUAUAAAUGUAGAUAUAAAUUAUAGAUGCACCUAUAUAUAUAUAUUAUAUAUAUAUAAAAGAAGAGUUUGUUUAAUGCGAAAAGUUGCCCUGAGAAAAAAAAAAUGAAGAAUGUGCUGGAAUUGAAUUACUACACUGUACAUUUUUGUAAAUAACUUCCAUUAAUACGCGAAAUAUAUAUUACAAUAUUAUAUUAUAUUAUUAUAUAUUGUAUUGUAUUGAUAGAGAGCUACAGUGUUGAUUAUGACGUUGAAAGUCUAAAAAAAAAAAUUGAAAGGCAAAAAAAGAAAGAAAAAGAAAUUAUUCACACUGAUAUUUGCCACCUGACUCUAAAUAUUAUAAAGCAUUACAAUGUUCUAUUAUUAUAUAUAAGAAUAUAUUAUGUUGAUUACAAAAAAAAAUCAUAAAACAUAUAGAGAUAAAUAUAAAUAUUGUAGUAAGUAGUUUUACAUAUUGUACCCGUCACACGUGUAGAGUCGCAUUCCAGAUAGGUUUUUAAUGAAAAAAAUAAAAUUACUUUUAUCAAAGCA